AGUGCAACCGCGGACCGCGUGCUGCAGCGAGCGGCCAGCGCGCGGUGCAGUGGCGACGACAGGAGCGCACCUGUGUCUGUGUUCGGGUGUUCAGGGGUGACGUGAGGCUCAAUACUCCGUGCAGUGAGUGUCGCGUGUGCAGCCGUGUGAUAAUUUCCUGGACAGCACGCGAGGUGUCCAUAGCAAGGACAGGGGAAACAAUGCGGCGAAUGUGAUGAUGGUUCUCAAAAGUUUGCCGAUAUAAUAGGUAUAGUGAGUGAGCAUGGGCAGUGCAAGCCACCUGCGUUUCUCACUAACGGAAAGCCACACAUGAAGACCCUCCUCUGGAAAGUGUGAUGAAGUCAACGACGACCGGUAUGUCUUCGUCGCAACAGGCGAUGCGGUGACGCUUUAGAGGUGCGGCGUGUGACAAUCGCUGGGCGACUGCCACCGUGCUGGGCUCUACCGUUGAGCGACAGUCAGUCGCCGCGUUACGCGACAAUCGCUGGGCGACUGCCACCGUGCGACAGUCGCCGCGCUGCGCGGCAAUCGCUGGGCGACAGUCGCUGCGCGACAGUUCCGCCGCGCUGGGCGACAGUUUCGCCGUGCUGGGCGAUAGUCGCCGCUGCCGCGCGACAGUCGCCGUGCGACUACGGCCGCGCCGCGCGACAGCCGGUGGGUGCUCACGAAUCAGCUUCGCGGGCCCGUAUCCACCAGAUCAAUUCUGCUAUCUAAUCAGAGUGCGGCUGGCGGCCGGGUGCCGGCGGCCGGAUGGCGCUGCCCCCAGCUUAGGUCGAUGUGGGCCAGUGUAGUCAGGUCGCCCGUGGAGUCCCCAGUGUCGGUUGACAGCCAGGACUGUGUGGGGAGAACUGAAAGCCGGGUUACGGGUCAGAAGACAGGGAGUGUGCAUAAUGAGAAAUAGGUGUUAGUGACGGGCUCGAUUAGCUAAUCUAUACGUGAUUUGGCCGUAUGCUCAGUGAUCAGCUUUACGAGCAUUCGCUAAGUUGAGCGAUCAAAGUGAAAGACGCACUGCUGAUCGAAAGCGUUCCAAAUGAAGGCAGUGAAGCGCUUGACAACACUGUGUGGAGUGAGAAACUGAACCGUGUUCGUUGCGUCAGCAUAACUUCCAAUUUAUGGCCAUAUGUGUGAAUUAAUUAAAGCGAACUGAAAGCGGGCUAGGGACAUCUGCAAUAGCAACAUUCGAAUUACUUCUGUGGACCAGUGCUGCCAACACAACCCCGUGGCAUUUCAUUGGAAACUUCCUUUUAGCGCUCCCCCAGAGCAGGUUGGUGGCUGAGAGGAGGUCUCGGGAGCGCACUGACCCGCCGGCCACCAUGGAGCUCAACUUCGUCACCCAGCGCGUGAUGGCGCUCUGCUUCCCGCCGGGAGUAGACACUGACACGUACCGCGCCAACCUGCGGGAGGUCGCGCAGAUGCUGCACAACAAGCACGGCCACAACUACAUGAUCUUCAACCUGUCGGAGCGGCGUCAGGAGCUCUCUGAGCUCAACCGACGAGUAUCCGAGUUCGGUUGGCCCGAGACGCUGGCACCGCCGCUCGACAGGCUCUGCUCCAUCUGUAAAUCCAUCGACAACUGGACCUCGGACGACCCCCACAACGUGGCGGUGCUGCACUCGCGCGGCGCCGACGGCAGUAGGGACAGCGGCGGCUGGGACCGGAUCGGCGUGGUGGUCAGCGCGUACAUCCACUACUCCAACAUCUGCAGUCCCGACCAGGCGCUCGACAGGUUCGCCAUGAAGAAGUUCUUCGACGACAAGAUCCGACGGCUGGACCACCCGAGCCAAAAACGGUACGUCAACUACUUCGCUGGCCUGCUGUCGGGUCGGAUCCAAAUCAACAGCGCACCACUGAGCCUGCACCACCUGGUGCUGGUGGGCGCGCCUCAGCUACGGCCAGGCGGCGGAUGUAGGGUGUUCGUGCGCCUGUACCAGGGAAUGGUGCCCCUCUGGACGUCAGGGGUGUACACGGUGGACGACCGCGCCAAGUACACCGUCAUCAGUCCUGAGGUGGUGCUCCAGCUGCGGGGUGACAUCCUCAUCAAGUGCUACCACUGCGAGUCGCCCUCCGAGCGACAGGUGGUCUUCAGGGUGCAGUUCCACACGUGUGCCGUCUCCGACGACGUCCUCAGCUUCCCCCGACAGGAUCUGGACGACCCCUGCGACGACAUGCGGUUCCCGCUGGACGGUGGCGUGGAGCUGCACUUCUCCCCCACCAGCCUGGGUCAGGACCAGGUGGCGGCGCCGGUACAUCUGGACCGCACCCCGGACCCGGUCCAGCGGUGGGACAGCUACGGCGAGCUCCGGACGGGACCCGCCGACCUGCCAGACGCGGCCGAGCCGCCGGCGCACACGGAGGGCCCGCUGGACGGCUCACUCUACGCCACCGUCGCCAAGAAGCCCGUCAGUCCGAGGAGUGCCGCCGCAGCCGCCGCCGCCGACAGCCAUGAACUGCACACUGUGUCUAUGGACUCUGGUAUCUCGAGUGGAGGCAGAGAGAGACUAAGUGGCGGCAGCAGUCACUCGCCGUCAGGCCCGCACUCGGCCGGUUCGGCGCGCUCGGCGCCCUGUGAUAGCAGUCCGUUGGUGAGUGCCGAUACCUCCGCCGCCGCGCGCCUCUGUCGGUCCUCAGUGGAAGCGCCACCGCCGCCGCGAGUGACCAAACAGCCGUCUGUGGACGCUACCCAGCUGGACGAGCUGCUCAGUGGACUGUUGGAGAACUGCUCCAACAUACCGGACUUGCGCCCGUGCCAGACGCCCGCGCCCGAUUUAGACACGAUUCAGACGCCGACGUUCGCGUCGGCGCCGGUGGCCAGUGUCAGUGAGCAGCGCGCGACGUCGCGAGGACGGACGGUGAGCUCCAGAGACGCGGACACGAGUGUGAGCUCCGGGUACGGUUCGCAGCAGCAGUCGCCACCCAACCCGCCCCCGCACGCAGUAGACAUGGUGCACUACAACGGCUACAAGUCCGACUCGGCGUUUUCUGAGUCGUUCAGUGCCAAAGCCGAGGAGGAGAUUCCGUACCACGCGCGUGCGGACAGCAAGCCGUUUUCGUACGCCAACUUUGCAUCCUCGUCCCGCCGCAGUCCAAGCCCGUCCGCCGAGCCGCCGCGCCGCUCAGAGAGCGCCAGUCGAGAGACGACUCGGGCCGCGCUCGAGUCGCCACGACUCGUCCGCAAACUGCUCGGCGGCGGAGGCUCGAGUGGUGGCUCGAAUGGUAUCUCGAGCGGGAUCUCGAGCGGCGUCUCGAGCGCGCCCUCGCAGCCGGCCGGCCGGAAGGCGCCGCCGUCUCCGAGUCUGCCUCGUAAGACCUACACCAACGGCUCCACGUCGAGGAGCACGGUGACCGAGUCGUUCUCGAAGACGACGAAUGGUAGCGGGGUCAGCGUUGGCCUCACCAGGCCAACUGCGAAGGCCACUGACACGCUCCAGUCUCACCGCAGCUUCGCGUCGGACAGCGCGCCGUCCCACCGCAGCUACAACACGGACACGAUGAAAUCCUACAACACUGACACCAUCAAGUCGUACAACACCGACACGCUGCGCAGUAACGCCUCCUUCAAUACAGAUACCUUCAAGUCAAACCGCUCCUACGACUGGGAGAGUUCCAUCCGGUCCAAGACCUCACCAGCUCCGGCGCCCGCCCCCGCGCCCGCUCCCGCUCCCGCUCCCGCCGCGUCCCGCGCUGUGGAACCGUUCCGUCGCGCGCCUCCGCCCGCACCACGCGACAUCGACAUCAACCUCAACGACCCCAACGCCAAGGUGGUCACCACCUACGACCAGAACACCAACUCGAUGACGACUGUGUCGACCCAGUCGUUCGACGUUCCGAGCAGCCCCAACCCGACGCGUCGGAUCGUCGAGACGACCAAACGCUACAUGGUCGACGACGACGAGCGCAGCGGUCAGACGGGCGUCACCAAGAUGGAGGAGACCAUCCGAGAGUUCGUCAUCGAGGACCUGCCGGACGGACCUGGUUCGGCCGGCAACAUCACCUGGCUACAGAAGCAGCAGCAGAAGCUGCGGGAUCGGCAACAGGCGCGCAUCAGGAGUGAGCGUGAGCCGAAGGAGGCGCGUGUUCUGCACGAGCUGCGUCAGCGGCAGGGCGGUCUAGAGGACGGUUACACGUCGGACACCACCCUCUGGACGGACACCUCGCGUGAGACGAGUCCGGCGCACAUGGCGCCGCUGCACGUCAACACGAGCGGCGUCAAGACGGGCAGCUCUGCGCCGGUAUCGCCGCAGCUGGCCGCGCGCAGUGUCAGCCGCGAACGGAGCACGGCGAGCUCCUUUAGGAGUAACCAGUACGGGAGCGUGCAGCGGCCACUGGCCAGGCACCGCUCCGAGACCGCCUACGACCGACAGAGACCCCACGUGCAGGUGCUCAGGGGCGAUCAGAGAAAAAUCAGCGACUCUGACCUGACGCACCUAACGAAGACGACUCAGUACAGCCAGUACUCCUCCACCCCCGUUCGCGAUCGAGAAGGUCUUCUCACCACCGUGAAUGGCCAAAGUGGUGUGAGGGACCCAUCUGAGCCGAGACCGGAGACGCCGGCGUUCCCGAACCCGCCGAGAACGCCCUACCAGGACCAGUCGCAGACGCUGCCGCCCAAGAGCCCCACCAGCCAGCGGGAGCGCUCGCCGUCGCCCGGAGUGCACCAGGUGCACUUUGAGCAGUCGGCCGCGCUCGAGUCGUCGCCGCCGGGCGGCCUUGGUCGCAGUCGCCAGUCGUCGGUCAGCUCCGACACGGAGGUCAUCUCGGCUCAUCCGACCUUCGUGCGCGACAACAGCCGAUGGUGGUACAAGCCGUCCAUCAGCAGAGAACAGGCCAUCUCCCUUCUGCGGGACAAGGCGCCUGGCUCUUUCAUCAUCCGCGACUCCAACUCGUUCCCGGGCGCGUUCGGUCUGGCGCUCAAGGUAGAGUCUCCGCCCGCCAGCGCGCCCUCGCGCGGCGGCGACCCUGCUAGCGAGCUGGUGCGACACUUCCUCAUCGAAACCACCAACAAGGGCGUGCGCCUGAAGGGAUGUCCGAACGAGCCGACGUUUGGCUCGCUCUCGGCGCUGGUGUACCAGCACAGCAUCACCCAGCUGGACCUGCCGUGCAAGCUGACACUGCCGGAGGCGGACCUGGGCAUGGAGGACGCUGUGGACUCGGCACCGGCGGCGGCGCAGCAGAAACACCGCGCGCUCCUCGACACCGGCGCUGCCUGCAGCGUUCUGUACCUCUGGUCGUGCGACACGGAGGCACUGACGGGCCCGCAGGCAGUGCGCCGAGCCACCACCGAGCUGCUGAAGAAGCAGCCGCUGCCCGAGGGCGUCGUGGUGCACUUCAAGGUCUCCCACCAGGGCAUCACGCUCACCGACAGCCUCCGCAAACAGUUCUUCAGGCGGCACUACAACACGGCCCUGGUGUCCCACUGCAGUCUGGAUCCGGAGGACCGGCGCUGGACCCAGCGCGGUGACGACGGACACCCCGUGGGAUCCCUGCGGAUAUUCGGGUUCGUGGCCAAGAAGGGUCCGUCCAGUGGCAACAACCAGUGCCACUUGUUCGCCGAGUACGACGCCGACCAGCCGGCCUCCGCCAUCGUCAACUUCGUCACCAACGUCAUGAUGGCCGGCUCGUACGGCGGCGCGCGUAACAUGCUGUGACGUCAUCGGUGGACUGAUGACGCAACUGGAGGCGCCGUGCCAUCGUGCGAUCCGCGGUAACACGCAAUGUGCGCCCAAAGAAACGGGAUGAAAUUGGAAACUGGGUGAGAAAGAGUGGAGAGUGAGAGUUUGUGUGUGUGAGAGAGGAGAGAGAGAGAGAGAGAGAGAGAGAGAGAGAGAGAGAGAGAGAGAGAGAGAGAGAGAGAGAGAGAGAGAGAGAGAGAGAGAGAGAGAGAGAGAGAGAGAGAGAGAGAGAGCCUGCGCCGUGUCGCGCUCUGGAGCUUGUCUGCGCGCGGGCCACUCGCCGGCCCGAUCGUCCUUGUUGCCAUACGCCAUCACAGGUAGCUGUAUUUAAUGGAUAGUGCCACGUAGAGCUCGAGGCGGCCGGCGGGCGGCACAAAGACAGGGCGAGGCCGGCCGUCGGCGCGCGUAAUUCACUAAUGGCGCGCCUGCGCAGGCCGCCGGCCCACUCAUAGUUUUCUACUGACUGCCCGGGCCGUCGGGGGCGCCGCCGCCGUCCCGCCCCGUGUACAUAGGCUCUUCAUGUGAUGAGGCGGUCCGCGGCCGAAACUGCGGACUGAGAGUGAGUGAAGAAUGUGCUCGCUAACCUGCCUAUAUUGUGCUGCGCCCUCUACUGGCGUCGGAAUAAACCAACUAGCGCCUA